AUAUUUUUUUUCUUGGUGAUCAGCAGAACCAAAUAACAGAAACUAAAUGUUUUUUUUAAUUGAUGGACACAUGUUUUUCAGGUUACAGAAUGUUUAUGAAUUUUCUAAUUGCUUUUAGUAAGGGUACAAAAUCCUUUUUUAAAAGUUAAAUUGACAUUUUUAGUUUUUUAGCAUUUGUUCAGAUGCUCUCCUGCUUUGCUGUAGUAACUCAAUUUAUCAAUAUAUUUCUUCUUUAGCUGUAGAAUGUGUUUAUAAAAUGUGAUAACAAUUUUGUGACAUACCAUGUCAGAUAAAAGAGGUUCCUCUCGUUUAAAAGAGAUUCAACGAAAACAUGUUGUUGAUGAAGAGACAAGAGCUAAGCGACAGAAGCGACAACUUGCCUCAUUAGAAAAAGACAACUACCAGGAUGAUCCACACCAUCAAAUGAACUUAUACGUAGCCAAAGCUAAGCUGCCCUCUUUCAAUGACAACAAUGAAACCAAAAAAAGAAGGAAAGUCAAACUGGGUGAUAUUUUCAAACAAAAAGCAAAACGGUCAUUUGCAGCAUUAACAGAAGAGUUGCAAGCUGAAGCAAAAGAAGGAGUACCAAAUUAUUUCAAUGCUGCAGCACCGAAGUCUAUACUUCCAGAGCGGCGUUUUUGUUCCGUUUGCGGCUAUCUAUCUAAUUACACUUGUCCAACUUGUGGUGUUCGAUAUUGUUGUGCUGGCUGUUUGAAAACUCAUAGGGAUACAAGAUGUAUGAAGUGGACAGCAUAAAAAUUCACUUAAUUGGAAAGAAAAGAAAAAUUACGUGCAUGUCUUUACAUAAAUUUAAACAAGUGUGUUAGAGUUUCUUAAGUCUUGAAAAAAGAGAAAGAUCGUGUAUUCUGCAUUAUGUGUUAAUGUACGUUUUAACUUACUAGAAUGUAAUAAACUAUUCCGAAAAUGAUCAUUUUAGUAUAUA